GUGUGACUCAGAGCUCAGCCCGGGACUUGUCGGGGUUCUUCUGGUCCUCAGGAGCUCCUUCACAUCUGUCCUGCACCUCAAGUCAAGGAAAAGUGAUUUUAGGAGUUUAUUUUUUAAUCAAGGGACUCUGCACGCGUAUCUUCACCUGAAAAACUUUAUUCUAGGACAGCACCAUGGUGGAGCCUUGUUAAGCGUUCUAUGGAAACCAACGGAGGAUGGGAAUUUUCCACUUGAGGGAAGAGGAAAAGGCUGCUGUGUCUUCUUUGUGGACCCCUUUAAGGACAUGAAGGUCCUCCGUGUCCCUCUCUCAUGUCCCCUCGUCUUUUUGCUGCUUCUCACACCUGCUGAAGGUAAUUAUCAGGUGAUUGGGUCACAUGAGCCAAUUAUGGCAGUUCAGGGUGAUGAUGUCAUCCUGCCAUGUCAUGUGAAGCCUCGGAUCAGCAUGGUGAGAUAUACGGUGGAGUGGUCGAGGCCCGAUCUUAAGCCUGACCCCAAUGAUCGGCUGAGCCGGGUCGAAUAUGUGCAUCUUUACAGAGACUCCCGCGAGGUCCCGGACAUGAAGAUCUCAUCGUACGUCAAGAGGACGGCACUGUUCACAGAAGGCCUGAUACACGGCAACAUAUCACUCAAGAUUAUGAACGUAACACUCGAAGACAGAGGGAGAUACAAAUGUUUCAUUCCAAAGUUAAAGGGCUCAACAGAGCAGUUUUCAAUUGUUCAUCUUGUUGUUGAGCCAGUCUCCACCAAUACCUCGACAACAGAGACACCACUGCAACCCAGGGAUCUCCCAACUCCCAAGCAUACUGGUGGUUUUUCUAGUCCAUGUAUAGUCAUGAUUGUGGUUUCUUGCAUCUUGGUGAUUGGUGUUGUGAUUGGAGUCAUUAUCUGCCGUUUGAGUGCCAAAAACAAAUCACAAGGGUACCUACAAUCUAGGUGCCUUGCUCAAGUGCAAAUUGGUAGCUGUUGUGAACAGAGAUGAGAGCAUUACCCACUUGGAUCUGGGGAGUCCAAAGAUGAAAAGAGAGAUCUGUAAUGUGGGGCUUUUUUUUUUCAAAGCUUUAUUUGAUAGACAGCUGAAGAGUGACAGGAAUGUGAACCCUGGGCCGCUAGACUGAGCCCUCAUAUAUAGGGCGGACACUGUACCAACUGAGCUAACGGACACCCGAAUGUGAACUUAUUGUCAGGAGUAACCACUAUUGUUUUUUUGCACUGAUUUUUUUUCAUGAAUCAAAAUAAAAAGUCUCAGACAGAUGUGUUAAAAUCUGUGUUAGUGAGCACUUCAUCGCUAAUAUAAUCCACCCACAGUUGGGACAUAUGAAGAUGAAACCAUGCAUAGUUUACAAAUGAAUCAUGCGACUCAAGUUUCCAAUUGGCGUGCAAGAAUGCUAACCAAAGCUGCUGCACGUGAAGUGAAUGUUCAUCUCUCUAUGAUAAGUCAUCACCAGGGUUGCUCCCAAGAGUUUGGCUUUAACUGACAAGUGCAGACCAUGUGCGACCAGCCCGGAGACCAGUCAUCUGGGCAGCUGAUGUGCCAGUUGGGUUGCAGGAUCAAACCGUCACAAAAUAUCUCUGGAAAGCUCUUCUGAAUGCUUGUCGUCCUCAUCAGGUUCUUGACCUGACUCCC